CCCCUCUCCCUCACUGCCCCCAAAAGCUCCUGAGAUGGGACACCAGGACCCCCAAGUCCCCUGAGACCCCUCACAGCAGGAGCUGGGGGUUCACCCCCCUCUGACAGUGCCUGGGUAUUUUACAAGCUCCCAACCCCAUCCCAAAAUUGCUGACACCCCCUGUGCUGAGUGGCUCCACAGGGGCUUCCCAGGCUGAAAUUAUUAAUGAACCUUAAUUACCUUCUGCUGGGCUGGGCUGGAGCAGCAGUGGCUAAGAAGUGGCUCGGGAGUGUUCUGCACUUUGGGAAUGUGGGAAACCCCUGGGGACACAACACCCACGGUGUUCCAGGGUCCCGAGGGAGAUUCAGGGUCCACCAAGACAGCAGCGAUGCCGAUGUGGAGCUUCCGACAAUCCGGCACCAACCUGAGGGGCUGGAGCAGCUGCUGGCUCGGACCAAGUUCACCAAGAUGGAGCUUCAGUCCCUCUACCGUGGCUUCAAGAACGAAUGUCCCAGUGGCUUAGUGGAUGAGGAAACCUUCACAUUCAUCUACUCACGGUUCUUCCCUCAAGGCGACGCCAGCUCCUACGCCCACUUCUUGUUUGACGCCUUCGAUGCCGACCACAACGGGGCUCUCUGCUUCCAGGAUUUCGCCGUGGGACUCUCGGUGCUGCUGCGGGGGACAGAGCAGCAGAAGCUGAAGUGGACAUUUGACCUCUACGAUGUGAAUAAGGACGGCUACAUCACCAAGGAGGAUAUGCUGGAGAUCAUGAAAUCCAUCUACGCUAUGAUGGGCCGCUGCACGGAGCCCGCCCUGGGGGCCAGUGCGCCGGCCCAGCACGUGGAGCUGUUCUUCCAGAAGAUGGACAGGAACAGGGACGGCAUGGUGACCUUCGAGGAGUUCCUGGCCACAUGCCAGGAGGACAAGGACAUCAUGAGCUCCAUGCAGAUCUUCGACAGCGUGCUCUAGACCCCAUCCCGCUCUGGAGAUUUUCUACUAUUUCCGACAAACAAGAAGUUCAAAGUCAGGAGAAAUCCAGCAUGUGGCUCCCGGAGAUGGGAUAGGACAGGGAUGACGUGUCCACCAGAGGCCCCUAGGCACAAUGCUGCCACAUGCCAGACAGACCCAUUUUGGGGGGCUGAGCCUCCUCUCGACACCAACCCUCCUCCUUGGCACUGCAAGGACCUGACACAGCACAAAUCCAACCCCAGGGCCCCCUGGGGCAGGGCCCCCAUGAUAUGGGGACUGCCUGGGGUGUGAGGACCCUCACAGAUGGGACCCUCCAGGGCAGGGACCACCCGGGAUGUGGGGGCCCUCUGGGUGGGGGUCUCCAUAUCGCAACCAUGAAAUGGAGCGGCCAAGCACCAACCAAAAGCACACAGUCCCUCCUCCCCCAACACUGAGGGGACCAACCAUGAAACACCCUCUCCCAAGAGCAUGGAGAGGUGUGGAUUUUAUAAAUAAACCAAAUAGCGACGAUUUAAGGGUGAAAUGGAGUCAAAUGGGAUGGGAGAGAUGUGCAGUGUCCUGGUCCCUGUCCUGUGCUCUGUCUCUGCCUGUGUCCCAGUCCCUGUUCUGCUUCCAGUCCUAUUCCCCGUGCCUCUUCUAGUCCCUGUCCUUGUCCGGGUAGCAGUCCAACUCCCGUGCCUCUCCCAUUCCCUGUCCUGUCCCCAUUCCCAUCUCUCAGUCCCGUUCCCAGUCCCAUUCCCUGUCCUGUCCCCAUUCCCAUCUCCCAGUCCCGUUCCCAGUCCCAUUCCCUGUCCUGUCCCCAUUCCCAUCUCCCCGUCCCGUUCCCAUUCCCGUCCCUAUUCCCAUUCCCGUGGCUACACCCCUCAGCCCUCUCCUCUCA